AUGGCGGGUGCCAUGAGCAAUGCGAAGCGCGACGUGCGCCACAUCCGCGAUGACCACCGCGAGAGCCAGUACGGCAGUGUGUUUGGUGUGUCAGGUCCGGUGGUGAUUGCCGAGAACAUGAUUGGUUCGAGCAUGUACGAGCUGGUGCGUGUCGGACACGACGAGCUGGUGGGGGAGAUUAUCCGCAUUGAGAAUGACAAGGCGACGAUCCAGGUGUACGAGGAGACGAGUGGCGUGUGUGUGGGCGACCCGGUGCUGCGUUCUGGCAAGCCGCUGAGUGUGGAGCUGGGCCCGGGUCUGAUGGAGAACAUCUACGAUGGUAUUCAGCGGCCGCUGCAGGGCAUUCAGCAAAAGAGCCAGAGUAUCUAUAUCCCGCGCGGCAUUGAUGCUCCUGCGCUGGAUCGUGAGAAGCUGUGGGAGUUUACGCCCGGCAAGUUGGCGGUCGGUGACCACAUUAGCGGCGGCGACAUUUACGGCUCGGUGCACGAAAAUGCACUGGUGACGGAGCACCGCCUCAUGUUCCCGCCACGCGCGCGCGGCACCAUUACAUACAUUGCAGAGAAGGGCACGUAUACGGUCGACGAUGUGGUGCUCGAGACCGAGUUCCAGGGCGAGAAGCAGGAGCACAAGAUGAUGCACUCGUGGCCGGUGCGGGCGCCGCGUCCGGUGGCGGAGAAGCUCGUGGCUGACACGCCGCUGCUGACGGGCCAGCGUAUUCUCGACUCGCUGUUCCCGUGUAUCCAGGGUGGUACGACGGCGAUUCCGGGGGCGUUUGGAUGUGGCAAGACGGUCAUUUCGCAGGCCCUGUCCAAGUACUCGAACUCGGACAUUAUCAUGUACGUCGGCUGUGGUGAGCGAGGCAAUGAGAUGGCCGAGGUGCUGGAGGAGUUCCCGGAGCUGACGCUUGUGCGUGACGGCAAGGAGCAGCCGAUUAUGCGCCGCACGACGCUCGUGGCGAAUACGUCCAACAUGCCUGUCGCUGCGCGUGAGGCUUCGAUCUACACUGGUAUCACACUGUCCGAAUACUUCCGUGACCAGGGCUACAAUGUUGCCAUGAUGGCCGACUCGACGUCGCGCUGGGCCGAGGCGCUGCGUGAGAUCAGUGGUCGUCUGGCCGAGAUGCCCGCCGACUCGGGCUACCCGGCGUACCUCGGUGGGCGCUUGGCGAGCUUUUACGAGCGUGCCGGCAAGACGCGGGCGCUGGGCUCGCCGGAGCGUAUCGGCUCGGUGAGCAUUGUCGGUGCUGUGUCGCCGCCGGGUGGUGACUUUUCCGACCCGGUCACGACGGCGACGCUGGGUAUCGUGGGUGCCUUUUGGGGUCUGGACAAGAAGCUGGCGCAGCGGAAGCACUUCCCCUCGGUCAACUGGAACGUGUCGUAUUCGAAGUACUCCCAGAUGCUUGAGCCGUACUACGAGACGCACUCGCCUGGCUUUGCGGCGCUGCGCACGUCGGCGCGAGAGCUGCUGCAGAAGGAUGCCGACCUGGCCGAGAUUGUGCAGCUGGUGGGCAAGAGUUCGAUGGGCGAGAACGACAAGGUGACGCUCGAAGUCGCGCGGAUUAUCAAGGAUGACUACCUGCAGCAGAAUGGUAUUUCCGAGUACGACUGCUACUGCCCCUUUUACAAAACGACGGGCAUGCUCAGGAACAUGAUUCUGUAUCACGAGAAGGCGCAGGCUGCGAUCAACAACAACCCCGAGAUGACGUGGGCGCGUAUCCGCGAGCACACGUCGGACGUGAUGUAUCGCCUCUCGCAGCAAAAGUUCGAGGACCCCAAGGACGGUGAGGAAGCGAUCGCGGCCAAGUACGAGCAGCUGGCGUCCGACAUGACGGAGGCCUUCCGCAGCCUCGCCGACUAG